AUGGUCGACGAUCCGGCGCCAUCCGGCUCCAGCGCCGGCGCCUCGCCGCCCGCGACGCCGCCAGCGUCCCAGGAGCUCGAUGCCGGCACGCCCGACACCUCGCUGAGCCGCACGCCCAAGGCCUCCGACGACAACAAGACCGCCGCCGCACAGCCGGCCGCGCCGCCGCCGACGCCGCUGGGACCGGCACCGCUGCAGCUUGGCGGGCCCUGCCUGCGCAGCCGCAGCGACAGCCACGCCUUCCGCGCCGAGCCGGCGGACGCCGUCUCGCCGCCGGGGCCGCCGCAGGUGCAGGGCGUGCCGCUGCCGCAGAUCGUCGCGCGCCUGCACCGCCUCGCGCCGUACUUCUGGACGCGGCCAGAGACGUCCGACCUCGUCGUGCUCGUGCCGCUCAGCGGAGCCAUCGCGCCCGGCGGCGUGCCGACGACGCCGCUGCGCCGCUCGCCGCUGCCGGCGCGCGGGGCGGCGGCGCCAAGAAGGCCCUCCGCCGUGUCGCCGCAAAAGACGCCGUGGAUCGACCAGCCGGGCCAGUCGAGCCGCCUCUUCGGCCGGCGGCGGAGGGGCAUGGCAGCCGACGGCGAGCCGGCGGCAAGCGACGCCGCGCGGCGUGCCUCGGACGCCAUGUCGGACCUGUCGACGGAGCCGGGCUCGCCGCAGCUUCCGUCGUCGGCGUCCACGGCGCCCUCCUCGGCGCAGACGCAGCUGUCGCGUGCCAGCGCCAGCAAGUGGCCCACCGCGAUGGCAGCAGCAGAGCCCCAAGCACCGCCGACAAGCUACCUCGAGCAGCGGCGCGCCUCUGCGCCCGGCCUGUCGGAGAAGCCAGGCAGCAAGGCGCCGGCACCGUCCGCCGGCGACGCCGUGCACACGCCGUCCCUGCCCCUGACGAAGCUCACCUUCCGCGUGCACGCCGACUACCUCACCACGCAGAGCUCGCUCUUCCGGCGCAUCCUGGCGGACACGACUCCCGCCUCGGCGCCCGGCUCGCCGGCGCGCGGCGACGACGCCGGGCCCGGCCGGCCGCGCCUCUCGCGCUCGCACGACGGCCUCGCGCCCGUCGUGCUGCUGCCGCUGCCCGAUCCCGUCGCCUUCUCCGCCAUCCUGCACUACCUCUACUUUGGCGACUUUGACGCGCUCGCCGCGGCGAUGGACUCGGGCGGCGUGCGCUGGGAGGGCGUCGUGUCGACGGCCGAGACGAUCGGCUGCGACCAGGAGCUGAAGCGCAAGCUUGGGCGCUACUGGCGCGCGCGCAUGGCGCUCAGCUCGCCGGCCACGGGCUCGCCGCGCGUCCUGGCGUCUUCGCCCCGCUCGCGUUCGCUGCACGUACCCGAGACGCCCUCGCGUGAAGGCUUGGUGCCCAGCUGGCUCGCGCACAAGGCGCAGUCGGCGACUCUCUCGCGCAGCGCCAGCCUCGCGGCAGAGGGCAGCAAGCGGCGCCGGCAGGACACCGACGACGAGGACGCCGUGAUGAGCGAGGCGGCCUCUAUGCACGACGUCGGGCCGCCGCUGCCGCCGCACGCGCACAAGGCACGGCGCAUGUCGCGCGACGAGACGGGCGUCGCGGGCGCGCUCGAGCGCGUGCAGAUCGAGACCGCUGCCACGUCGCCGCCGGCAGCCGUGCCGAGCUUCGUGUCGGGGCUCAUGCGCCGGCGAGAGGGCCAGCGGACACUCACCGAGGCGGGGCGCCGCCGCAGCAACACCUGGACCGCCAGCGCCGGCGGGCCGCCGCGGCGCGCCCGCAGUGCGCAGCCGCCGCCGUCGUAG